UAGUUAUCUGUCCCUUUCUUUGCCAAUCUUUUAAGUUCAUUUCUUAGAUGAGUGUUUGCAGUUAUCCAUCCUGUUCUAAAGGCUUUGAUCCCCUCACACUUCCCUUGAGUAUUGGUGACAUGGGGUUGUUUACACCACCACCACCACCACCACCUUCAUUUCUGGGGAACAUGAGCUCUUCCUCAGGAGAGAGGGAAUGCAUGAGUGGUGAACAAGCUUUGGGGUUUCAGUGUCUGGCAGGGGUGAAAGAGCAUUAUGAGGAAGAUGAAGGUGGUGAUGAUACUACACAUGAGAGUGGCCAGCAGCAGAAGCUCUGUGUUAGGGGUCAUUGGAGGCCAGCUGAGGAUGCCAGGCUCAAGGAGCUUGUCUCCCAAUAUGGCCCCCAAAACUGGAACCUGAUUGCUGAGAAACUAGAUGGAAGAUCAGGGAAGAGCUGCAGGCUGAGGUGGUUCAACCAGUUGGACCCAAGGAUCAACAGGAGCGCCUUCAGCGAGGAAGAAGAGGAGAGGCUUUUGGCUGCCCAUAGGCUUUAUGGCAACAAAUGGGCACUGAUUGCCAGGCUCUUCCCUGGUAGGACAGACAAUGCAGUCAAGAAUCAUUGGCAUGUGAUCAUGGCCAGGAAGCACAGGGAGCAGUCCAACGCUUAUAGGAGGAGGAAGGCCUCCACUCUUCCCUCCCUCCAUCCUCCCUCAACUCAGGCCCUCCCUAGGAGGAUGGAGGUGAUCGCCAGCAUCAAUGCUUGCAGUGGUGAGUCCACCAUCACCAGCAUCAGAGACGAGUCUGCUUCCACCUGCACAGACCUCUCCCUCAAUUCCUUCACCAGCAGAGCUUUGCCUCACCUCCUCAACAUAUCCACCAGCCCAACCCGACGGCUACAUCCCUAUGCCAUCUACAAUGGUUUACAUGAGAGUGUACUUCCAGCAAAGAAUGGAUGCUACGGGAAACUUAGUGUUGCCCCCAUGGAGUUGCUUCCCGGAGUUGAUCAGGCCGAUUACCCUUAUUCCACUUCUGAGGCUUCAGCAAGUGACACAGUGGCCUUCCACAUGAGCAAUGCUUGGCCCCAUGGAGGAACUGCUCAUGGAAGGGAGAAGAUAAGGAUACCCUUCAUUGACUUCCUAGGUGUCGGUGCAACGUAGGAAGAGGGUAACAGUAAAGUUACAUAGAACCACAAAAUGUGAGAGAGGGGAAGUUUUGUGAAGCUAUUGCUGUUGAGACCUUGAAGAACCCUUCAUCAUAUGACCUUUGCCAUAGUCCCUAGUAUGAUCAUCAUAUGUUCUUAGUAUAGAACAGUAUAUAUUCUCAGUUGCGAAAAGUAGUGAAAGUCAUGGUUUAGAACUCCAUGAAACCUGCAAAUGUGUUCUCAUAUGUGAUGCAGAAAGAAUCUUAUGAUUGCUUUAA